AUCUGCGAUUUCCCAUCUCACAUGAUUGGCUCGCAUGGGCUGCAUAGUGUCUCAGCCUCACGAUAAGCGCUAGCCGUUUGCAGCUUUAUGAAGCGCCGGACAUCCAGCCCCGCCCAUGACGCUGACGCGAGAGCUAAUGGUAUACUUAACGCCCCAUGGCGCUGUCCUACCCUAUGUCUAGAACAUCUACGAUAUGUGUACAUAUAGCUUGCAGAACCCCACUUGGGCUGCAAUCGCGUCCACAGCAAAUCUAAUUUUCCAUCCACAAUGGAUCACCUCUCGGAACUAUCUCGUCAGAUCGAAUCGAAGACGGUCGUCGCGUCUUUGUUCUGUAUAUGGCUACUGUACUGGCUGGCCAUAGGCAUACAUAGGGUGUAUUUUCAUCCCCUGUCCAAGAUUCCUGGGCCAAAGUUGGCAGCGUUCAGCUUCUGGUACGAGUUCUACUAUGAGAUCUAUCCGCAUAGAUUCCAGUACCUCUGGAAGAUCAAACAGCUACACGAGGAAUAUGGACCCAUCAUCCGUAUUAACCCCCUACAGGUUCAUAUUCACGAUGCAGACUAUUUCGACACCAUCUACGCGUCCGGCGUCAACCACAAGCGUGACCGUUGUAGCUGGUCGCACCACACCGGCUCCAAGGUUUGGGCGGGCGCCAUACUUGAAACGAUGGACCACGAUAAGCAUAGGAUGCGACGAAAUGCUGUAUCCCCCUUCUUCAGCAAGCGCUCUGUUCAGGCUCUUGAAGGGCUCGUUGUGAAUAACAUAAAGAAGCUCCUACGUCGUUUCGAAGGUGAAAUGGAAAAGCAGGGCCCGCACGCCGGUAUUGUGAUCCUCAAUGAUGCAUAUGCCGCCUUCGCUAUGGAUGUCAUUUCUGAAUACUGCUUCGGCGAGUCAAUGAAGACCUUAGACAAUGAUGACUAUGGUAAAGACUGGCUGACCAUCUUCCACGACGGAAUGCAGUUAGUGCCAUUCGCUCGCCAGUUCCCCACGAUUUUCAACUUCCUCCUCGACCUGCCGCCGCACAUAGCUGCGAAGUUGGAUGCUGGGGCGGGAAAAUUGAAUGGCUACCUUUACCAAAUCCUGGGCAGAAUCGAGCGCAUAAUGAAUCGGGAAGAUGGUGUAAACGAAACAAAGGAUCUUAGGCGGACUAUAUUUCAUGACAUAAGGGAUGAUGUUGGUUGUAAACUUCCCGAGAAAGAGAAGCAUCCAGUAAGGUUGAUGGCGGAUGCAAGCGUCAUUCUCGGUGCAGGAACAGAGACAACAUCACGGACUAUGGCAGUCACUACCUACUACCUGAUCAAGAAUCCCGAGAUAGGCGAGAAACUUAGACGGGAGCUAGAGACGGUGAUGCCAACGGUGAAUCACGAGGUCUUACUCCGGCAGUUGGAAGCUUUGCCCUACCUAACCGCGGUGAUAAAUGAAGGCCUACGUUGCGCCCACGGUGUCUCUUCCCGUCAACCCCGCGUCGCUACUGCCGAAGACCUCACAUACGCGCAGUAUACCAUCCCCAGAGGAACUCCCGUCACGCAAUCUCCCUACCUUCUUCACAUGGAUCCCGCCAUAUAUCCCGAACCUUUCGCCUUUCGCCCAGAGCGUUGGAUCGAAAACCCCAAACUUACGCGUUAUCUCUUCGCUUUUGGGCGCGGGAGUCGCAAUUGUUUGGGCAUGAAUUUGGCAACGUCGGAGCUAUAUCUUGGUCUGGCGAUGAUUUGGAGAAAGUUUCAGUUCGAGAUCUAUGAUACCGUUGAGAGCAGAGAUGUGUUGACGACUUACGAUUGCUUUUUGGGGAUGACGGAUCUGAAAAGCGAGGGCGUGAAAGUCAAGGUUGUGGCGGAGGUGGAGGCGUAAUCGCGAACGUCAGUAUGCCGGUCAGUCGACUGGGGUCAAGAACGAUGGUUUUCGCAUGAAGUAAUGACCAUGUUUCGAAGUUGAGUUCCUGCUGUGUGUAGUGUUUUGGCAGGCCUCUGGAUAGGGACGGCUCUUUCGA